AUGAGACAGAGGUUUCUUGGAACCCAAAACAAAAUCUAUAAUGUGAUGGAUUAUGGUGCUCAAGGUGAUGGCAAAUCUGAUGAUUCUGAGGCUUUUGUAAGUGCAUGGAAUGCUACGUGUGGAGCAGAAGAAGCAUCAACUCUUCUUGUACCACCAAAUGGAGAAUUCAUGGUAAAAGGCUUAAACUUUAGAGGUCCUUGCAAUGCCACGAGUGUUAAUAUUCAGGUUCGAGGGAGAAUAGUUGCACCUGCCAUGAAUGUAUGGCUGAAAGGUCAAAAGACCAAUUUGAUUUCAAUCUUUAACGUAAGUAGUCUCUCCAUUGAUGGGAGUGGAGGAUCAAUUGAUGGCUAUGGUUCUACUUGUCCAAAAGCUCACAUAAGGGUCAAUGGCUGUGAGGGUGCCACCUUCUCUAAUGUCACCAUUCAUUCUCCUGGUGACAGCUCCAACACUGAUGGAAUUGAUAUUUUUACUUCCAAGAAUAUCUUGAUUGAAAAUUCCACUAUAGCAUGUGGUGAUGAUUGUAUUGCCAUCAGUGGUGGUUCUUCCAACAUCAAUGCCACUGGAAUUGCUUGUGGACCAGGCCAUGGAAUAAGCAUUGGCAGCCUUGGUAGAGACCAAACUUAUGAAACAGUGGAAGAAGUUCAUGUAAAAAAUUGCAGCUUCACCAACACUACUAAUGGAGCAAGAAUCAAGACAGCCCCAGGUGGAUCAGGUUAUGCAAGAAACAUUACUUUUGAGAACAUCACAUUAGUACAGGCUAACAACGCAAUAAUCAUAGACCAGACUUAUGGCAGUAAAUAUUCAACGAAUGGAUUAUCAUCACUGAACGUGAGUGAUGUGACAUUCCGUGGAUUUAGUGGAACAUCUGAAAAGGAGCUAGCUAUUACCUUGAAUUGCUCUCCACCAGGUUGUUUCAACAUUGUGUUGGAUCAUAUCAACAUUGUCUCUGCUACACCAGAAAAACCAGCUACUUGUUCUUGCAAUAAUGCCCAUGGAACAGCUACAUACACUGUUCCAAAUUGUUCUUUAUCUUCAUGA